GAAGCCGAACAACCUUCACGGUUCACGGGGCUUUGCUGUCUGUGAUUUUUGUUUGGUUUGCUUUGAAGUCGUUGAAAUCCCGGUGAAAAGUGGGUGUAAUUUUCAUCAUGAAACUCGCGUUAUUCCUAGUUUUUCUCGGUGGUUCCUUCAUUUUCCAAGUGAAUUCAAUCAGUGUCGAUGAAAAUGGUUACAUUCUGUACUGUCCUUGCAUGGGUCGCUUCGGUAAUCAAGCUGAUCACUUUCUGGGAGCUUUGGGGUUUGCUCAUGGUUUGAAUCGAACACUGGUGCUGCCACCGUGGGUGGAGUACAGGAAAGGAGCAGCGAACUCGGUUCAAGUACCGUUCGACACGUACUUCCAGGUGGCACCCCUGACCGAAUACACCCGCGUGAUAACGAUGGAGAAUUUCAUGUCAAAUUUGGCACCAUCGUUGUGGCCACCAGAGGAACGCAUUUCGUUCUGCUAUACGGAGCGGAUGGGUUUAGACGGAAGUACAGGCGGUGGCUGCAACGCUAAAAGUGGUAAUCCUUUUGGGCCAUUCUGGGACACAUUCAAAAUUGACUUUGUCAAGUCGGAAUUUUUCGGUCCAAAGCUAAACUACGACGUAUACCAUCACGAUAUGGCGAACAAAUGGGCAGAAAGGUACCCUAGCGAUAAGUGGCCAGUGAUUGCAUUUACAGGAGCGCCUGCCAGCUUUCCCAUUCAGAUCGAAAAUCGCGAACUGCACAAAUAUCUCAAGUGGUCCGUUACAAUUGAAAACGCUGCUCGCGAUUUCAUUCGGAAUUCGUUACCCAAGGGUGCGUUUAUGGGAAUCCAUUUGCGGAAUGGAAUCGAUUGGAUAAGAGCUUGCGAUCACGUUAAAGAAAGCUCCAACCUGUUUUCCUCACCUCAGUGCCUCGGGUAUCGGAACGAGAAGGGAUCGCUUACUUUGGAAAUGUGUCUUCCAUCGAAAGAAAUAAUAAUCCGUCAGAUCAAGCGACAGAUCAAAAAUCACAAAGAAGCUUAUAAAAAUAAUGAGAUUAAAUCAGUGUUCGUUGCUUCUGAUAAUAAUCAUAUGAUUCACGAUCUGAACGAGGCACUGAAACGAAUGGACAUUACGGUGGUUAAACUGCCGGAGAAUAACCCUCAUCUUGACCUGGCGAUUCUUGGGAUGUCCAAUCACUUCAUCGGGAAUUGUGUGUCGUCGUACUCGGCCUUCGUUAAAAGGGAGCGAGACGCAAAGGGAUUUCCCUCAACAUUCUGGGCCUUCCCGGCAGAGAAACACAUGUCCAAGUCGGCGAAGGCAGCAGCCGGUGGAUCGGUGACGCACGAAGAGCUGUGAUUGUGUGAGGAUGCUGAUGAGAUCAUUCAUUGAAAGAAACAGAGGAGAAUUAAGACAAAUAAAAAAACAAACGGGGCUGUCCCAAGGUUCCUUAUUUUACGUCGUUUGUACGAUGCACAAAAUCUCGUGUUGGCGAACGUUGGUUGUUUUGAUUUGAAGCGGUAAUAACCAACGUGUUCACAUCAAUGUAGGUAUAGUUUGAAUAGGUUUUGGGUUCUGGUGUCACUCGGUUCCAACUAGUAGCAGCUAAAUAAAUGCAACUCACUCAUAGUAUCACUUUUCUACCGAACGACCUUGUUGGUGCGUUUUUGAUGACUGGUAUUUUGCUGCACUGACCCACAAGCAUUGGAGGCAAUUUGUUUCUACUUCGGUUACCAGAUCUGAUGAUGUGUAGGCCAAUAUUACGACACGAUUUUUAAGUGGAUGAAUGAGCACGUUUGUGUUUUUUGUUUGUUUUUAACACAAUAGCAACGAAACUAAUGGACUAGGGAAGUAUUAUUUAGUGAUGAUAAGGAUGAUUAAUGUGUUAGAGACUGAUGUAACGAAUAAUGACCAUACUCACUCAUGAUUUGCACUUAGUAUCGAAGAUAUAAUCUUUUAUGCAGUCAAA